AUGCCGUCCAAGGCGCACAGCUCCGAUGAUGUGCAUCAUCGGCCAAGAGGCAUCCUCAAGAACUCCAACUCCUUCCAAGGCGCCUCCGCUCCAAUGGCAGCCACCUCCCCACUCUCUGUUCCAGCCAUCUCCCAGCCAGAGGAGACCAAGGAACUCACCAUCCAGAACACCCUGCAGAACGCAGGUCGUCGGCGAUCCUCGUCCACUACCCACCCAGGCUCUAACUCGCGCCGACAGUCGUCAGCCAGCGCCUAUGACGAAAACGAGCCCCGUCUAAAGUGGGACGAAGCAAACCUGUACCUGACGGAGCAGGAAAAGACAGCGAAGAUGAAGAUCGACGAACCUAAGACUCCUUACGCCCCUCACUACGACCCGAGCGAAGAUGAUGAGCUGAUGCGGCUCGACGAUGCGGCUGCACAGGAAACCCUACUUAAUGCGCAGGGCAUUGUCGUCGAUGAGCUGGACUCGGCCAAACCCACUCACCACCGGAAGACUGUGUCCGAGGAUGAAAUCCCUGACCUGGAGCUUGGUGAACCUGAGGAAACCAUGCAGGACAUUCAUUUGAACGACGCUCGUGUGUUCCGUGACCGUAGCAUGAGCACGGACUCGCAUAAGAGCGAAAAGCAUGUUCAUGUUGGCGUGGAUGAUGCGAAUGGUGUCCAUGCGCCUGCUGAUGACCCGCUCUUGACGACUGAAGAAGCUCGCGCGAAGCACGCUCAUUUCGAGCAGCAGCGCAAGAAGCAUUAUGAGAUGAGGAAUAUCAAGGAACUGCUUGCCCAUCCCGAGGAUUUGGAUGAGGAAAUGGAAGAUAAUGACGGGCCAGAGCCUGGUAUCCCCCCGUCUAUGCCUCACAUGCCUGAGCGGUUUCGCAACAACGGACAAUAA